GCUCGCAGCCGGCGCGAGUGGUGGUCCUGUGGCAGUAGGGCUUUGGUUCUGGAUAAACAGACGCGGGAGAAGGCGGGCGCCUGAGUUGUCCUGGUCCCCACUGCGGACGCGCCCGGCUUGGACUGCGGGACAAGUGUGGCUGCUUUCCCUUCUCUCUUACUUUAUAUUUUAAAUUUUCCCCUCUUUUUUUUUUUUUUUUUUGCCGAAGCUGCUUUGCAAGCGAGGAUUUAUUUGCUACUCCGCUGUUGCUGCCGCUGCUGCGCCGUCGCCCCUGCCACCUCUUCUCCUGCCUCUGGUCCGGUCCCCCCCGGGCAGGCGGGCGGGCCAUGGAGGAGAAGUACCUGCCGGAGCUGAUGGCGGAGAAGGACUCCCUGGAUCCGUCCUUUACCCACGCGCUGCGGCUGGUUAACCAAGACUUGACAGUGUUUAAAGCUGAACAGACUGAACUGCAGAAGUCCUGCAUGAGGGCUGCGCUGUGGACAGAAAUUGAGAAAUUUCAAAAAGGAGAAGGAAAGGAAGAAGAAAAGUACAUUGAUGUGGUGAUUAAUAAAAAUAUGAAGCUAGGACAAAAAGUAUUAAUUCCAGUAAAACAGUUUCCUAAGUUCAACUUUGUGGGGAAACUUUUGGGCCCACGUGGCAAUUCUCUGAAGCGCUUGCAAGAAGAGACAUUGACAAAAAUGUCAAUAUUGGGAAAAGGAUCCAUGAGGGACAAGGCAAAGGAAGAAGAAUUGAGGAAAAGUGGGGAGGCAAAGUACUUCCACCUGAAUGAUGACCUGCAUGUGUUAAUUGAAGUGUUUGCCCCACCAGCAGAAGCAUAUGCCAGAAUGGGACACGCACUGGAAGAAAUUAAGAAGUUUCUCAUCCCUGACUACAAUGAUGAAAUCAGACAGGCCCAAUUGCAGGAACUAACGUACUUAAAUGGUGGCUCAGAAAGUGCAGAAGUCUUAGUCAUUCGUGGGAAACCUCCUUUGAGGGCCCGAGGAGUACCAACCCCUUCUUUGGCGAGAGCCCGUGGAGGUGUGCCACCCCCACCUGCAGGCAUUCCAAGAGGAGCACCAGCGCCCAGAGGAGUACCCACAGGUAGAGGUCCCGUCACUCGUGGCCGUGGCCUUCUGACUCCCAGGGCAAGAGGAGUUCCUCCAUCUGCAGGAUACCGACCUCUUCCACCACCUCCAGCACAGGAUACUUAUGGAGAAUAUGAAUAUGACGAUGGAUAUGGCACUUCAUAUGAUGAACAGAGCUAUGAUUCCUAUGAUAACAGCUAUAGUACCUCAGCACAAAGUGGGGCCGAUUACUACGAUUAUGCCCAUGGCCUGAGUGAUGAUACAUACGAUUCUUACAGACAGGAAGAAUGGACUAACUCCAGACACAAGGCGCCACCAUCAAGGACAACCAAGGGAGCCUACAGAGAGCAGCCAUAUGCCAGAUACUGAUUAUACUGUCUGAUGUUGUGAAAUAUCCAAUCUCCACCAGUCCUGUAUACUGUUCAAAGUAAUUUUUUCUAUGAACAAUCCCUUUUUAUUAAAAUCAAAGUGCUUAAUCUGAAUGGACGGACUGAGCUUAAUCUAUUUUUUGCUGAAUGAAAAACCUGGACAGGAAGACAUGUGAAAUGAGGAGCUUUGUUAUUUCCAGAUUGUAUUUGGGGGACAAAAAAUAGGUGAAAAAAACCACACAAAAACAAAGAAAAAAUAUUAAUCCUUUGAUUAACUAGUGUUAAAAACAGCUAGGUUUACUAAAUAUGUUAAUCAGUUAUUUUAACCUAAGCGUAACCUUUUAUUUUAAAGGUUUUCAACAAUUUAGUUCUUCUAGUUUUAUCCUUCAACCAUUUUGCUAGUCUUUCUCUUGCAAACAUGCGUAAAAAGGGAAGCAGAUCACAAAUGCAAAUAAUGUGGUAUUUUGUAACUGAAGUCUUGAAAUGUUCUGUAGUGUUAAGCAAAGUUUACUCUUGCUUGAUACUAAAUAAACUUUUGAAGAAAAAAAUCAGUGUGUGUGUGAGAGUAUGCAUUAUUUAUUUAAAAACCUUCAUAAAUAGUAGUAAACAGGGAGGGAGUGAUUUAACAACGAUCAACAUAAAAUGGCUCCUACUAAAACAUUGUACAACUUUUUUUUUAAUAAAAUGGUAUAAACCGAAAGGUGCAUUUCUUUUUAUAGAUAUAUAUUUAUAUUUACCUCUACAUACAACUUAGACUUAAAGGAAACAUCCAAAUGGUAUGGAUCUGCUGGAGUGCCACAUUUUAAAACUCUUGGUUUAAAAUAGCUAAUGCAUUUUAUGAAACAAACAAAAUAAUAAUAAUAAAAACCUGUGACUUAGUUUUCAUCUUGUUGAGCAUUUCUUCACUAGUGCAACUUUGGAAUUUUAUUUUUUGUGUUUUGAGAAUUUUGGUACCUUAAUGACCAUCUCGCUCCGUGCUGGAAGCAAUAAACUCAAUGCUUUUAAAGACUUUCUGACUUUAAUUGAGGUCGCUUUCGUCAGAUGCAGAGGAUGUGUAACCCUUAAAACGGUCUUCAUUUGCAAAGGAAGCACAGAAUGCCUUGGAGAGCUGAGAAGAUAAAAGACCUGUUUCUGUUGAGAUGCUUUGGGACUUCGCUCACUAUUUUGGACAGAUUCGAAAUACCCCCUUCACCGAGGUGCCUAGGAAACAGCCAGCAGCUAUUGGAGUCUCCAGUCCAAGUUCUUUUUUUAUGCUACCUACUGUAUUUUAGUCCUUAAUAUGUAUAGUUUUUUCAUAUUUCUGUUUUAAUUCUCUCAAAUGUUUUGUUUUUCAUUUGCUACUAUAAUUCUGUGAAGAUGUUAAUAAAAUAUUUUUUCCUUGUUUCA